AAGACUCUACCAUGCGUCAUUUAAGCCUAGUCCAGUGUAAGCGUGUGAGCAAGAAUUUGUUUAUUUAGUACGGAUCGGUGUCAUCCUGCAACGUCUGUCAGAUUCGCAGCUGUUUUCGGAAAUUUUGACUCCGGAGCGCUGCACGCGUCGACUCCGGCUUUCGGUACAACCCAGACGGAGACGAGCCAUGGCCAUGCUGCCAACACCACAAUCAACAAGAUUUUCGGUGGUUUGGAGGGAGCAGAACCAACACCGCACAAGUAGCAGCUGCAGAUCCGGUUUUCGGGGGAUUCGGAACGGCGCAACCUUAAAGGCGGGUUCGACUGGCUUCGAAGAAUUCGGUGCGAUAGCUACCAUUUCGGCUGCAGGGGGUUCCGGGACAACGUCCGCCGCUUGGCUCCCGCUUUUGAUGAAAUCGGAGGAUUCGGAAAGGGCAAUCAGAAGCAGUUCGCUUCCGUUCCGGUUCGAGCAUACUCAUACUUUUACCAACACCGGUUUUGAAGAAUUUAGUAGCUCCUUCGGAGCGGGAACUUUCGCGUAGCCACAACCGACUCUAAAUUCUUGCAUAAGAAGCUUUGGCCCAACCGAUUUUCAAUGUUGCGAUCUUUGCUCAUCGCUAGUUGGAAUUAUUUGCACGCCAUGCACCAUGCGCCAUGAGACACACUUUACUCGCUCACGUCGACUCCGGCUUUCGGUACAACCCAGACGGUGACGAGCCAUGGCCAGGCUGCCAACACCAUAACCAACACGAUUUUUGAUGGUUUGGAGGGAGCAGAACCAACACAGCACAAGUAACAGCUGCAGAUCUGGUUCUUGAAAGUUUCGGAACGGCUACAACCUCAAAGGCGGAUACGGCUGGCUUCGAAGGAUUUGGUGCGAUAGCUGCAGCGGUAUUCGGAGGUUUCGGGACAACGCCCGCCACUUGGGUAAUGCAUUAAAAAAUUAUUUUUUCCUCAUAUUGCUAACGACGCCCUUUGUUUGUAGCUCCCACUUUUGAUGGAAUCAGAGGAUUCGGAAGGGACAAUCAGAAGCAGUUCGCUUCAGUUCCCGUUCGAGCAUACUGAUACUUUUACCAACACCGGUUUUGAAGAAUUUAGUAGCUCCUUAGAAGAGGAUAGUAGCAACCGGCAAAAAAUGGUUAAAAAUCGUGCUAACGUUGUAGCAUCAGCAGAAGCAACAACCGGAUCUAAUCCCGAAAAAAAAGAAGCUUUGUCCAACCGAUUUUCAUUGUUUCGAUCAUCGCUCUUCGUCAACUGGAAUGAUUUGCACGCCAUGCUAGGCACCGAGAAAGCCUUUACUCGCCCACCAAUGCGCCGGAGGACAUCACAGCUAGUUAUUAUUUUUGUUGGUUCGAAACCAAU